UUUUUACUUUAAAUUAAGGUUGUCGUAGUUGUAGCAGAAGUUAGAUAAGAAGCAUUAUUUUUGUAUUUGUUUCUAUCUCGCAUCCGAAUGUAGUUUUUAGGACACUGAGAAGCUCAUGCUUAUCAAGCAGUGUCUUGGUCCUUCCUCUCGAUGUGACCACACCUCGUGAUUCCUAUUCCUGGAAUUACGGACAGCUGGCGACUCUUCUCAAUCUGGGUGAAGGUUGGUCAUGCCAGGGACUGGGGCAUGAAGACUUGUUCAAAACGUUCGUUCAAUCUCAUAAACUAAUCACAAAGUUACAAGCGGGCUUAUUAGUAUGUUGACGAAUUAUCGAAUUUUCUGCACAUUCGAAGAGACUAAAUCUACAUGAAAACAUUCUUUCCUGUUGCGGAAAAGGGCAAAUUAUCAUUAUAGGCACAAUCAAAGAAAGUUCCUUGACAAAGUGCUUGAUUGUCUUGAAAUGUUGGUGUAGAAAAAUCGGUAAAAUUAGCACCAAGUGGAAUGAAACAGCCGAGAUAGCUGCAAAACCUUUUCACUAAAUGAUAGUAAGGCAAUCUAAAAAAUCACUAAGUAUUGAAUAGUGCGAGCUUUUUUACAAUAAGCCAGUUCAACUUAGAUUAACGCAUUGGAAUUUGUAUAAUGCAUUUGAAACACUAAACAAAAUGAGAAUUAACUGAAAGGUAUGAAAGUGUUAUGAUUGAUAAGUAGAAGCGUUCAGUGAACUACAGGAUGGACGAGUUGCAGAUAUUAUUGUUCGACAGAAUUAGGCGGAAAGAAAAGAGACAAAGAACAAGUUUGAAAGUGCCGAAGUAAGAUGGUUUAUUUCAUUUUCCAAAAGGGUUUUCAUUCAAAGAAUAACUAAAGUUUAUUAAAGUGGAAACAUGGAAUAAUCCAAAUUGGUUUUAAGCAAGGGCACCUUGAUAUUGACAAUAAGCAAAUAGCCCAAGGCAAAGAUCGCAUGUUUUUGUCACAAGAUGGAUGUUAAAGUCUUGAUGAUAAUUGGCAGGCAAAGAUAGAAGGUUUAAACCAUUUAGCCAAAGAAGAAGGAAGUACUGAGUUCGCAAUCAAGGAGAAAUUUUGCAGCUGUUUUUGAGUCGCAUCAAGUAAGAAGAUGGAUGGAAUUGUUCACGAUGAAGCAGAUUUUUGGUAGCAUGGAGAAGCAAAUAAUAUAAUCAAACCAGUGUUCUGGAUGUUUAAAGCCAACAUAUUUAAAACAGCUUUCAUAAAGUAGAAUAUAUGUAGAAGGAAAGAAGAGGAAAUUUAUAACAAUGGGCUACAAGGAAAGUAACCGUGAUUAUGAGCAAGUAUGAUGAAUAAGAAUGAUUAAAGAAUCAUUCACAGUGAAUGAAGCUAAGAAUGCAGUUGAAGGCAGUCUGUCCCUCAUUGUUCUCAGAAUCUCUUUUCAUUGCCACGAUAUUCAUGCAUCGCUUUAAUGUACAAAUAACCAAUCAGAAUAAAGAACCACCAUAACGUUAUCUCCCUGAACGAGUUGCUGUGAAUUUUAUUUUGGUGUCAAACGUCUAAGUCAAUUUCAAUGAGAUUAGGCAUUUAUUUGUUUUGUUCACCCACAAAAGCUAAUGUCGGAUGCUAAAAUGACAUAGAAAGACCCUUUUUUAUGUGUGAGGCUUUCAAGCUAGAAUUAGCCAAUCACGGUGGGGACAGACUACCUUUAAGGAAGGAAGAGGGAAGACAGAGAAAGAAACAGAAGUAAAAUUUAGAUGAUAUCUACGAAGAUGACGUUGCAAGGCCUGAUGUAAAUACAGCCCGUUUUUGGUCGCAAGGUUCUGAUUUUUAUAGGCGGCAAUAUUUACUGUAAGGUACAUUCUGAAAGACAGGCUUUUAUAUUGCUGGAAAAUCCCUAAUGAUGAGCAAUUCAUAAUUGAUAGUAAAGGGCUAUGUUCUCCGCACUUACAAUACCUCAGCACUAUGGAAACUGGAAUUUAGUGAUCGACUGGCUGGAAAUUGCAGUUUACAGAGAUCCAAAUACUGCGACAUUAUGUCUAUCUACAAAGUUACCAUGACAAAGCUUGCAAAACUGGUCUUUAGAUGCCCUGUUGCUCCCUUUAUCAUCAUGAAUGGCACUGCUUUUUGAAUGCCACGUGACCUGACCACGGUGAUGUUUGCAUCCUCACUGUGCAACAAGAUUGUGUUCUGCAGCAGAUGUAUUCAUGUAAUGCCGUUGUUUUGAGUCUCAUUAUAAAGGAUUAGCAGCUUCUUAAAAGAGGUUGUUUAGAUUUGUUGAAAUCUCGUUACCUUGGUCUCUCAAAAAGCCCAGUGUGCUUACGCAUGUUCCACCGAUGUUUACACAGUCGCCUUCAAACUCGAAGAUUGCGAAUUCAAAUCAACCUUAAUCCCAAAUCUAGCCAGAAUUUCUCAAUAUUCUAGUGUUAAAUACUGCUGUUAGUUUAAAGAUUAAAGAAUUUACCUGCUUUGAUGUAAUCACAUUUCGUACUUAUGUUGUCGUCUUUGAUGCAAAUUGCAUUUUUUGUAACACUUCUUUUAGUCUUUCCGAUCCUUAACUUAGAAUAAACCGUUUCUGUGUAGUUGUUCAAAAGAUUAAAAAGACUCGUAAAGAUAGCGUCGGGCAAUAUUUUGGCAAGCAUUAAGAAGGCAAGAUUGAUCAAACAAUUCAUUUCAUCGAAUGGGCGAAUAUUGAUCAGACGUUCUUACAUUUUUGUCUUACACGCACUUUCCUUGUAUCUUUUUGUAGUCUCUCCAUCACAAAUCAUCGCUCGCAACAUUUAACUGAUUUUGCGCAUCAGUUUUUAGAUGCAGCAGGUUCAAUUUAGCGCUAAAAAUAUUAGAUUUUUUUUAAUUGCAACAAAACCUGGAACACCCACUGAAUAACGUGGUUUUAUGGGUUUUUUUGAAACUGAAACAAGCGCACGAAUCAUUGCAAUGAAGCCGAAAUGCCGUUUUUACGUGCAAUCGACGUUAAAUUUGCAAAUUAGUUUAACUCAGCUGCCUUUAUUACUUGAUACUCCCACUGUGCAGAGGGUUUUCUGGAGCGAAUUUGAAGAAUAUAAUAACUAGAGAAAGAUAAGUUUUUUUGAUGAUGAGUUUUAGUAUGAUUAAGUAUUGUAACUGAUUUGCCUGAGAAGUAUGAAACUAUGCAUUUCCUAAUAAGAAAGUUUAAAAGCGCUUUAGUGCUUAACCUUUCGUAUAGCUAGCUAUUUGUCACCUGUUUUCCAGAAUGUAUCACGUGCAAUUUCGAAAUAUCCAUUGGUUGCGACAUUGCGAUUUCGCGUUUGUUUAAUGAUGCCAUUUUUAGGAUAGGCUAUUUCAAGCAUGCACUGAAUGUUAUCAUUUGACAAAAUUCAAUACUGAAAGUCUUUCAUUUAUACAGUUUACACAGGAUAAGAAAAGACCAUCGUAGUACUAAUUAUUUAUGAACCACUUUCUUAAAAAAACUUCUGUUAAAUAUUUCGGUUGUGGUACAACUUUUGCAACGUUGUCCACUGUGCUUAUCAUGUUGAUAAAGCCAGGACGUAUUACGUUUUGCAAAAUAGUUUGAUCAGCGUGGAGAAGGGUGGAUUUAUAAAGCCAUGCAAAUUCCCAUGCCUGACCAUAGAAACGAGCAUAAAUAAGAUAGAAGAAAAGGCUGGAGAUCAGCUGCAACGGAUUCUCAUCUUGCUGUCUGCAUUGCGGCUGAAAUUCGAUGAAGAUUUGACAGGCAGUGACUGAAUAAGACGUGUUUUGUACAAAUCAAUCAGCAUUCAUUAUGGUUAGUAUAACUUCAUUAUAAACAAUGUGUUUUUAUAUACCUCAAAUAUUAUUGCAUUUCUGUAUUACACUAUGCAAAAUCACUUUUUUUGCAAAUUAUAUUUAUUUCUUAUUUGUUUAUUUUCCAAUAAAUUAGAUGCUGCAACCGAGUGGGUUUAAAUCAGCAUUACUGCACUGGUUGAAAAACAAGAAAGAUAUAAAUUCAUGUAUCCUUUGUUUGGAGGAGAGCUGGGGCCGUAUCAAAGCCAGAGCUGCCUAGAAAUGGCCAGGGGAAAAAACUAGGAUACUUGGUUGCAUUUGAAAGUUUCGUAGAUGUUUCCUUGAUGCGCAGGUUUGAAGGUUUUUUUUCAAUUAAAACAAAUAGCAUAAAACAAAAUACAACUACGGUGCCACUCACUGCAGGAAAGGGCAAACACUUACAAAUUUAAGUGAAAACGUAAGGGAAAUUGAAAUAGUAGAGAAAACGCUGCAAAAGUCGGUUGCUAAAUAAGGAAGAAUAGAAGGCGGCUUGGUAGAAAGCCCAGCGGACGCCCAUGUUUGAAGUUUCUCUUUAUUUUACAUGUUGCUCGUUGUGUUUCUACAGCUUUAACUGUUUAAUCUUAUAAUAGUAGUGAAUAAUAGUGAAAUUCCUUUUGUUGAUAGAGUUUUUUUGCUUCGACUUUUGAGCUAUGGAUAGGUGACUGAUAUAACUCUGAUUAAUAUAAUUGGACCUGAAAACCAGGAUGCUCUAGUUCUUAUUUUCUGUCAAAAAGCGUUUCUGAAAAAUAGGGGGAAAAUAGGGAGAGAACCUCAUAAAUUGGCGGUUGCACAUCCAAGAGGGCAUCUUGGAGCGUCUUAAAAAUUCUGAUAUCUUAAUUUGUAAAAGUAUCAUUGAUUGCAUCACAGGUUUUCGGGUCAAAUGCUUUUUCUAUAAGAACACUUGGCUCCAGUUUCAGCCUGGUUUUUCUUAUCAUUACACAUAAUCUCGGCCUCUCGUGUUUCAUAUUUUAUUUCUUAUUUUUGCAGUGGAAUUUCCUGUGCAUAGUAGUUCCCGGAAAUAAACUGUGUUGGAAAAAGUAAUUAAUGCUAUUUUGCUUAUCGCUUUCUAUUUUUUUGCUAUACUUUUCAAUUUUUGCUGGUAUUUUAUUUCAUGAGUUUUGUUGAUCUUCAGCCUGCCUUGUUUCUUAUGUUGUUCUUAUCUUUUGGGCAAAUCUCAACCUGAUGUUUCCUAUAAGUGUUGCUCUUAUAAAAAGGCCUGUACCACAGGACAAUGAUAUGAUAGUAGACUGUACAGUAAUACAACAAAAUCAUUUCGUAAAUACAAUCGCAAGUCUCUCAAAUAUACGUAUAUAUAAUUUUUUUUCAUGUUAUAGUUUUAGGUUCUCGAUUGUCUCGCAUUGAUUGUAGUUUUGGGGGGAAAUGACCUAGCUCGAUGUCCCCCCUUUGUCUUCUUUGAUUGAGUACCCCACUGGGGUUGAAAUGCUGACGACUGUGAAGAAGGUUGUUGGCAAGAAAGUAGUUCAAAAAUGGACCCAAGUUUUUAUAUUUGGAAAGUUUUGAAAGUUUAAUCACAUUUGUCGGAUGAAGGGUUUAAAAUUUUCUAGAGAUUUAAAAGGAAGGCCCUAAAUAUGUUUUCUGCGAGUAUUGUUCACGAUUAAGCUUUGUGUCGGGCAAUUUUGUGCAUUUCGAUGGUCAAAUCAAACUAGCUAAUACAAAGGUGAAAUCAAUAAAAUGCCCUUUCGUUCUUGUAGUUGCAAUUAUUGCAUGCCAAAUUCUCAAGCUUCAUUAAUAGGCAUUCAUAGAUAUAAUCUUGAGUAAUCUUAGGAAGUUUCUAUAAAUCCUUGUGAGUUCAAGCUACCGCCUCAACGCUGUUAUGAUUGAUCGUUUGUUGUUUCUCUACUAUAAUGCAUAGUACGAGACAAUGCAUGGAACGAAGAUGCCUCUAACUUUUUAAUAUGGCAAUUUACAAUUAAGCUUACUCUACUCAGUUAAACUGACAAAAUCUACAAUUUUCAUCAACUGCCGAAAAAAUGAUUAAUUGUUGCAUUCUUUUAAUUUAAUGUCGUCUCUGUGGAGGUAUUUUGUUUUCGUUUGGGCUUUUGACUUUUCAUUAAAAAGCUAAUAAAUGAAUGUCUUUGAUUGAGACUGACAUCUGCUCAGACCCUUGACUGAAGCCUUCAGAUUUGCAAAAGAUGCAUCAAGGAAUUAUGAAGAAAUUCUAUAUUGGCAUAAAGCCUGGUUUAUUUUAUAUCCAAAGAAAUCUGUCCUCUUGGCAUAUUAGAAGGCUGGGAUAAUCAUUUUAAGCAGUAAAGAUGAACAUAUCAGCAAAAUGCAGAUAUUUGUUUCAUCAUAUUGCUAUCUGGCUAAAAUUUAUCCUUGUGAUGAAACAACUUGAUAAUGGAAGGUACAACAUAAGGUUUUGUAAUUCAAGUCCAUUUUUUAUCAUAAUAAAUCUGUCCUCUUGGUAUAUUACAUAGAUGGGAUAAUCAUUUUAAGAAGUAAGGAUGAACAAUUCAGCAAAAUGCAGACAUUUGCUUCCUCGUAUUGCUAUCUGGCUUAAAUAUGUCCUAAUGAUAAACAACUUGAUAAUGGAGGGUUUUGCAUCAUGUUUUGUAAUUCAAAUCCAUUCUUUAUCGUCAUGAACCUGGACCCUCGGUAUAUUAGAGAGAUGGGAUAAUCAUUGUAAGCAGUAAGGAUGAACAAUUCAGCAAAAUGCAGACAUUUGCUUCCUCGUAUUGCUAUCUGGCUUAAAUAUGUCCUAAUGAUAAACAACUUGAUAAUAGAGGGUUUUGCAUCAUGUUUUGUAAUUAAAAUCCAUUCUUUAUCGUCAUGAACCUGGACCCUCGGUAUAUUAGAGAGAUGGGAUAAUCAUUGUAAGCAGUAAGGAUGAACAAUUCGGCAAAAUGCAGACAUUUGCUUCCUCGUAUUGCUAUCUAGCUAAAAUAUAUCCUAAUGAUAAAAUACGAGACUUUAUAAUGGACGGUUUAACAUAAGGUUUUGUAAUUCAAUUAUAAAUCAUUUGAUAGUCAAUUUUGUAAAUUUCCUAAAAAUUGCUUUUUAACAACUUUUUUCUACGUUUCUUAGAUGUCCUUGUCCUUUGUAAUUUCAGUCUAGCCGAUUUUCAGUAACUUUCGUGGUUUCAAUAAAAGCAUUUUGUCAGUUAUUUUCUUUUUUCAAUUUUAAUGCUAGCCAGUUCUCUUUCAAUUUCAGACGUAAUAAAUUCUCACUUUCUCAGCAUUGCCUAAACCUGUUUUUAUUCUUACGAGUUACAUCUACCAUUGUGAUUUUCAGCCAUUUAAGUUGCGGAUUCUUGGACUUCUAUUCGAGGAUUUCUAUCAGAACAGUUCUAGAGUUGUUUUUGAAAUUGCAUCUAUUUGGUCUUCGAGCUAUCUUUUAACUUCAAUCACCCCUGCCUUCCAUUUUGAAUUCUUUUCUUAGUUUUAUCAUAGCAUAUAAAUUAAAAAAUAUAACUGGAAGAAUUUAUUUCUAUUUCCAGACAUGGAUUUUUUGAAUUAUUUUAAUUUUGUUUUUUUGAUAUUCUGUGGAGAUUAUAAAGUAAGUUUGCUUCUUAAAAAUCUAUCACUAAUCCACCGUUCACUAUUGGGUUUGAAAAAUCAUGUUAUUUAAUUUAAGACAAAAUGAAGUAAGCUUUUGAAUAAGCUCAAAGAAGACUUCCUCCCAUACGACAGAAUUCUUCAUACGUUUUCAUAUGCAAACGAAAAAUUCUCAUUCGUUUCCUUUUCAAACCACGCCAGUUCGGUCGCCAUUUCACAGAUCUUAGCAACAGCAUUUGCAUUCUAAAAUCACCUUUUAAGUCUGUGUUAUCUAAUUUACUUUCAAAAUAACUUCUUUCGCUGGUUAUUAAAUUUAUUCUUGUAUUGCCUUCGCUGCCUCUGUGUUUUAACUUGUUUGCUUUGCAAUUGUGCAAUUUUUUCCCGAACCAUUCUUCUUAAAUUCGCUUAUUUUCUUCUUUGUUGGCUACCAUCUUUUUUUGUUAAUAAGAAUCUUUCCGCUGUGGUAGCGUAGCUGUGUUAUCGUCCAUUCUACUUAGCUUCAUCUCUAAGAGAAUUUUUUCUGCUAAGGUUUUGUUUCUUCGUUCGUUGACAAAGAGGCUUCCUUCGAUCUGCAUAUUCAUUUGAUCAAGAGGUUGUCUUACAUUCUGUAAAUAAUGCUUGAUCUUGAGAAACAUAUUCAAUUAAAGCAAUAACAUCUGAAAUAGUAGAAUUUGAACUAGGGUGUUACCAACACUUUAGCGCUCUCUUCACCUGCCCUGCGGUCAAAACGAUGUAGUUUUCUAGGACUCUAAACAAACAGGAUCAUUAUUGUAACCAAUGUGGUGCACAGGGGUCUCCCUAAUCUUUUCUUAUGCUCGCUGAAAAUUCGAAUUCCAGUCGCUAAUUCAAACCUUAACUCCCCAAUCUUAAGUCUUCCUUUCUCUAGGUAUUUGCGCAAACAAGCACCAAAUCUGCUUAAUCUUUGAAUGAUAAAUAAUUGAGAAGGCAUAAUAAUCCAAGCCAAGCUCCGAUAUUCUUACACGUGCGAUCAGAGUGAUUGCGCGUUUUUCACGAGCAGUGGGCUUCUAUAUGAGCGUCGAAUUUGAAACUUAAAGAUACUUAAAGAAGGAUACUUAAAGAUUUGGGUGACACGAUCGAGGGACAAACAAAUAGAGUGAAUGCCGCGGGUUCACAGCAAACGUGAGCAGCUUAGACAGAACUUCUGCAUUUACUACUACUAAAAGGCUUGUUAUCACAAUUGGCUUCGUUUACGUUCAGAUUUUUCCUCAAAAAGAGGGUAUCAAGAUUCUUUGAUCAUUUUCGUGAAUCGUGGAAAAAGAAGAAUUUAAACUCGUUUGAUAGCAGCGUGUGGCAGCACCAAGUCUGGGAUUAUUGAGUUUGCCAUUCUGUGUCGUGUCCUACAUUUUGUGGCAAAAUUCAGAGAUUAAACAGUAUAUUGUACGCUUUUGAAACUAAUGCUCUUAAGCAGCAGAUAGAUAAGCGAAGGAAAAGAUCGCUUAUUUACUUUGAAUCUAAUAUUUUAUCUAAACGAGGUCCAACAACAUCUGCAGCCAAAAGCGGCACGUCAACAGGAUAGAAGCAAUAUUGAAAUCAAAGCAGCAGUUAAUCAGAGCAAAUAUGAUACACUAACAUCUGCGAAGCAGUGCUGACAGUGGCGAUCAACCAUUUCUUGCUUUUCCACAUGGAAAGUUGUGUUUGUUCCUUCGGAGUUAAUCAAAGGGGGUAGCUUUCGAUUCGCUCGAAAUGAAAGGAAGAAGAUGUGUCUGCGUUGCUGCAUAGCCGUACAUCAACAGCGCGUCUAACCAGGUAUUCAAGUUACCACGAAGUCUGUCUCGAUAAGCUAGAACGACGGCGGUUAUCUGCUUGUUUCAAAUGUUUAUAGUUGGUUUUAGUUCAUCUGUGUAUCGCAAAACACCAUCGCAGACUGGAGCAGCUUAAGUCCACUGUCAAAGAGGAAAAUAUGGCCGUGCAUCAAAGAAUCGCUCUUCUCGUGUUCCUAUUACUUAUACAUGAUAAUACCGGACAAAGGCAACGAAAGAUCACUAAUGAUUCGUACAUAUUGGACCAAUGUCCCUUGAAUAAAUCCUUAACACCGAAUAGUACGUUUGCGAAAAACAUCACUCACAAUUCGUGUUCGCAACCGCUGAAAGCAUUGAAUGUAUUCUACUCGGUGUAUCUCGUUAUAGUGAUGGUAGCGGCGUUUUUUGGCAAUGUAUUUGUCUGUUUGGUGAUUAUCAGGUCGCGUAAACUACGCUCGCAAUCUGUUUUUCAUUUGCUGUUUUCAUUAGCUGUUAGCGAUGUUCUUGUUUCAGUUCUUUCCUUGCCAAUUAAGCUACAUGCAGGCCUGCAUAAUCAACAGUUCUGUUUGGACAUAAAAGUUUGCUGGUUUUUCUAUUAUUCUGAUAUUCUAGCGAAUUGCUCGUCGGUAACGCAUCUCCUUGUAAUCAGCAUUCAGCGAUUCGUCGCUAUGAUAUUUCCGUUUGAAAACCAUUUCAUAUUGUCUCGCCGACGAAUAGACAUGCUGAUUGUCCUUGUAUGGGCCUAUGCGAUUAUCUGGAGCGCUCUUUGCAGCUUUAAUUGGCAGAAACCCGAUUUGCCAGCUGUGACAAUUCAUGAAAAGCCAACGAUACGUACCUGUUUCAACGACAACCCAAUUUACUGGACCGUUGUUUGGGUCGCCGUCUUCAUCAUACCGCUCUUCAUCAUGGGCUGCCUGCAAGUGGCAAUUCUUCACAGUGUUAAGUCGCACACCAAGCGACUUUUGAGACUCGAGAGGGACGCUGAUAAGGCAACAAGGAUUCGGAGGCGGGAAAUCAAAGUCGCCAAAACCGUCUCUAUAGUUUACGCCGCUUUCACCACAUGUUGGCUGCCCGUCUGUCUUUUAACUGUAACCGCAAGCUGGUGCCCAGAAUGCUUUGCUAGUUUUCGUGAAUGGAAUAGUGACGUAUUCGUUGCAACCUAUCUUAUUUUUACCCAUAUGCUUCCUGUGCUUUCGUCGACUUUAAACCCUUUCAUCUACGUCAUAUCCGGCGAUGAGUUCAGAAAAGCCAUUAAGUCCCUCUUUACAAACCAAAGAAGUGGUCGAUCUUCGAUGUUGCCACGCAACCAAAGUACUGAUCAUCGCAGCUCUUGGGUUUGAUUACAGCCUAUCCUAUUGACAAUGCAAUUCGAAUGUUUCAAAUGACUGAAAGCUGCUCUAUAACUACCAACUAGCCACCUACCAGCAAUUUCAUAAUAGCUUAUAUUAAAUAUCUACGUGUAAAACACCCCAGAACGUGUGUAGAAGCUAUGUCAAAUGAAUGCAUACAGAUAUUAACUUAGACUUGUUGUUGGUUUUAAGCAUGUACCGACUUCCGUAAUCAGUUAUUCUUCUUCUUCCUCUUCUUCAUUUGCCAUAACGUAUAGUUUGGGCGAUAAUGGACCUUCAUUGCUCUCUAUUUCGGCAACUGUGAAUCACUGCGCAGCUCCUGUCUAAUUGUAACCAACCUCUGAUUUUGUGAAGCUGUUUUGUUCUUUGUCUCCCUCUGUCCCUAGUGCCUUCAAUUCUACCUGUUAUAAUCAGCUCUUAUAUGUUUCCCUCUCUUACAAUAUGUCCGAAAAACUUCAUUUGUUGUUCUUUGAUUCCGUUCAUUAACUCUUUCUUUGUACCCACUGACCUCAGCACUUUAUCGUUACUUUUCCUUUUGGUCCAACUGAUAUUUUGCAUUCUCCUAUAGCACCAAAGUUUAAAACUAUCAGUUUUCCUUCCUUCAUCUUGUCCUGUGUUCCAUGUUUCACAAGCGUAUUUCAUGAUGGGCCAGAUAUAAGCUUUUAAUGUCCUAAGCCUUGUUCGGAUUGAGAUUUUUUAUACGGACUUAGAAUGUUUAUUAUAUUUCCAAAUGCGCUUUUUGCUUGUCCGAUUCUUCUGUCAAUUUCCACUUUGCUUCUGCCAUCUGAGGUAAGGAUACUACCCAGAUAAUUAGAUUGCUUCACUUGCUCAAGUUCUACUCCAUCUAUCUUGAUGCUGCACUUUGGAAUCUCUUUCUUUUUUCUCUCUUCUUUUAUCUUGUUUACUAGCUCCUGAAGAUCUUUUUCUGUGUUCGCUAUGAGUGCUAUAUCAUCAGUAAAGCCUACAUUGUUUAUAUUAACCCCUCCCACUUUAGCUGAUGGCAUGUUUUCUAUUUUCUUCAUUACUCUUUCGCUGUAGAGUAAAAACCCGUCUAGAGAGAAUACGCAACCCUGCCUCAAGCCUCUUUUGAUAUUUUUCCAUGCUCCUAAUUCGUUUUCAUAGCUGACCGUUGCACUUUGAUCCCAAAAAUGUUCCUUAUUAAUCUCCAGCUUUUCCUACCGAUAGAAUUUCCAUAAAUGGUUCAUGUUGUACUUUGUCAAAUGCUUUUAUGUAAUCAAUCAUGCAGACAUAAAUAUCCUGUUUCAUUUCAAUGCUUCUUUCGAUAAGUGUUCUCAUCGUGUAAACUGCAUUCCGAGUUCCUUCCCCUUGUGCGAACCCGCAUUCAUUUGCUUUUGGCUUUUUUGGUAUUGCUAUGAAUACUGACUUUAAGAGAUCUCCCGGAAUGUUUCCCGUGUUAUAAACCUUGUUGAUAAGCUCAGUCAACUUUUCUAGACCUAUUUCCCAUGCGCUGUCUAACAUUUCCACGUUAACCUGAUCUGGACCUGGUGCCUUUCCUCUUUUAAUCUUUCUUAAGGCGAAUUCUACUUCGGAUUUUAGAUUGUCUUCUCCAUGGUCCUCAUCUUUUCUUGUCCGCUUUAUACCCCUUUCAUCAUCAAAUAAUUCUUCAAUACACUCUUCCCAACGCUUAAUAAUUUCCGCUUUUUCGAUAAUUAUUGUUCCGUCUUUUGCUUUCAGACAUCCACUCGAAGAACACGUGUUUCUCUUCUUUCCAGCUAUCUCUUUGAUCUUGUUGUGCAGCUUCCUGCUGUUGGUGUUCCUAUUUGAUUCUAUUUCAAUACACAUGGUAUUCAGCCAUUUUUCUUUUUCUUCUAUACAUUUUCUUUUUAUUUCUUUGUCGACUUCUCGGUACUGAAUUUCAGAUCUUUUAUGUUUCCUUCUCUCUUCCAUCAUAUUCAAGAUUUCAUCAGUCAUUCACUCCUUUUUUACAAUAUUUUUCUUUGCCGGUAUGCUUCAGUUGGCUGCUUCGAUGAAUGUUGUCUUAUCUCGGUCAUAAUGUUCUUCGAUGUGAUUACUUUGCUCAAUUUCUAGGGCUUCGAAUCGAUUUUCAAUUCUAAUUGAAAUUUUUCCUUUACCAGAGGAUCCUUCAGUUGCUCAUGCCUAGCUUCAUUGUUUUUGGUCCUGGUUCUUUCAGUAUUUUCAACUUUAGUUCCGAACGAGGAGGUAAUCCUUCUUGGUAUACCCCCAUUCAUGCUGUUGUCUGAUUCGAGAUUAUUGGUACUAUCCAUGAUGAACUUGGUAAAAGAUAAGUAUGGUAGUAUCCCGUUGCUUUCCAUACUCAGCAAUGCCAGUUAACUUAGUUGGUGCUGCCGACUGUUGUCACUGUAGUGAUCCUCCAUUCGCCAGAAGGUGGUCUACAGCCGUUGACAAUGAAUACAUGCUCAUCCGCCUGUGCACCUACAACGGUCUUGCUGCCGAUCGAGGGUUGUAACCAAAAUAGAGAGAGCAAUUACUGGGUUCUACAUCCAUGCUCGAGGAUAACCCGAGAGUAGCAAUGGUCAAGGGUAACUCCAUUCGUCCCAAAGCAGCGCUUCCAUUGCCGGAUGCAGUUUAUCCUCAUACCCAGUUAUUCUAAGAAAAGACUUUGUUGUUUAAAGACGAUGACGCAAUAAAUAUUUGUCAUCUUAUGUCAAUAAUGCUUACGUCAUAACUCAUAACGGUCUAUGUGAAGUGAUUGCGAUACAGCAAUGUAGAAAAUCCGGCAACUGGUAGACCAUGUUAGUAAAAGUAUUGUCAAGCAGCUUUAUUCCGUAUUCCAUUAUUUAAAGUGUGAACAUAUAUGUUCUAAGACUAUAUCAUUGACUGAAUUAGGUAGUCAAAAAUUACUGCCACUAUUAAGAAUGCUAAAAAGUCGGAACCACUUUGAUCGCAUGCUAAAAGUUGCUGGUCGACGUUCUUCAGAGUUCGAUACGUUAGAUGUUGACAAUAGCUACACUAGUCAAUACAAUCCUGGCCACAGAUAAAACCCUCGUACAUCCUGCAUGUAUAUUCCAACAUUCCCCCACCCUGUCCAUUCAAAGUUAAGGUCUACACACAUGAAUAGCAGAGAUGUCGACAUUUAAUUAGGGAUUAGAUGCAAGUCACAUAACUUGCAAAUUAGAGAUUUUUUUUGACGUUGCUAAGUAGGCCUGUAAAAAGGAUACAACGUGUUUUGAAAUAAUCUUACAAGUGCGUUACAAUCAUAUUGGAAGUUGAUUGAUUGAAAUGAACCAGUGGCGUAUGAAACGUUUUAUUCUACAUAGGCCCAAGAUUCGGGUCCCGGGGUGUUCUUCUCAGCUACACCCCCUACUUUCUCGACACCCCGGCGAGAGCCAAAGGCGCAAGCAAAAGGUAUAAGGAUGCGUUGAAAAGCAGUCUUGCUAAUUACCAAUUAUAGCUAUAUAAAACUAUGUAUAACUUAAGUAUCUUAGAGUAUUUACACACUUUGACACACGUAAUGGCGGUCGGUGAACUAGGACUGUGAUGAAUCUCAUGUGCAGUUGUUAGGUUAGAGAACGAAGUAAUUAACAACAUAGCAUUAAAUUAUAUUUCAAA